AUCCUGAGAUAAAACAAACAAAAGGAAGAAACCCAAAAAAAUCUCAGAUCCAAUCCAAUCAGCCAACCUCUUCUUUCUUCCUCCAUCUCGCCGGAUCGAAAUCAGAUCUCCAAUCACCAUGUCGUCGACCUUCAGCGGAGAUGAAACUGCACCCUUCUUCGGCUUCCUCGGCGCUGCCGCUGCCCUAGUCUUCUCCUGUAUGGGAGCUGCGUACGGAACAGCGAAGAGUGGCGUCGGUGUGGCAUCAAUGGGAGUGAUGAGGCCUGAGCUGGUGAUGAAGUCUAUCGUUCCGGUGGUUAUGGCUGGUGUGCUCGGUAUUUAUGGCUUGAUUAUUGCUGUGAUUAUUAGUACCGGCAUCAACCCCAAGACUAAGGCCUACUACCUGUUCGAUGGAUAUGCUCAUCUCUCUUCCGGUUUGGCUUGUGGCCUUGCUGGACUUUCUGCUGGCAUGGCUAUCGGAAUAGUUGGUGAUGCCGGUGUUAGGGCCAAUGCUCAACAACCAAAGCUUUUUGUUGGUAUGAUUCUUAUUCUUAUUUUUGCUGAAGCUCUGGCUCUUUAUGGUCUGAUUGUUGGUAUCAUCCUCUCCUCUCGAGCUGGUCAAUCAAGAGCUGAUUAGAGAACUGGAAUGGAUGUGGCUCGCAGAUGGUCUCGUCCAAUCUUUUGUUAAGAAGUAUCUAUGUUGUCUUUCUCUAUUAUUUGAGGUGGUGGUGCAGUAGGGAAGCUUACUCAGUUAAACCCAAGCAUUCACAGUGGAAAUCCCAUUGCUUCCUACGGCUAUUCCGGUGUUUACCUUCUUUAGAUUUUGCAUUUAUAUUAUUUUUUGAAUAAAUUCUGUUCUGUUUAAUAGCACUGCAUCCAGAAAACAACUAGAUUGAAUUUGUAUAACGAUACUUUUACAUCAGUUUUUUUUUUUUGAACAUUGAUGUUUCACCACUUUAUUUUCAAUCUGAUAAAUAAUAUUGGCUUAUCGUUACCACGUUUGGAUUCAAAUUGAUCUCAAUCUUAUGCACGUAUUCUUAGUUUUUGGAAACCAAGUGUGUUCUAUUGUACUUGUAAAUUCUCGAAUUCACCAAAAGCUGCUGUUUGACAUCUUGUGGGUACUUAAAUUUUUCAUUUUUCAUUUCUCAACCUAUCUUGUAGUUCUGCAAUUAAAAUCCUGCCCCUUAGGAUAUGUGGUGGUUAUGUUCUGCAAUUAAAAUUCUGCUGUUUGGUACAUACCCUUAGCCAGAUCAGAUCAAUUGUCACGGAGAAGAAUCGAUCUCUGAUGACGACAGAAAAAAAAUUCUUCUCAACAAGUAACUGGAGGUAUUGGGUGGUUCUAAUUUCCAUUGUGUUUAUGCGCCGCCGCACCCCUCACGGUUCUUGUUAUUAUGCAUCAUCAUCAUCAUCACCAAUCUAUCAACAACAAGAACCCAGAAGAGUUUAUUCACUCUCAAUACCAAAAACUGGAUGAUCUAUUCCGCACCCUUUUCGGGUUCGGAGUCACCUUCGGUGGCAUGGUUAUCUCAGUAUUCCCCUCCAUCGCUCGGUAUGUGAGACAGUACCCAAAUAACAGUACUGCACAGUUUUUGGAUGGCGGUCCCGACGAGCCUAAGUUUUUCACUUCCGUUAUCUCUUUUCUUGGUUUGUCAUAUCUUGCCAUUUUGUUGCCCCUUACCAACUAUUUCACCCCCAACUUUUUCAAUCUCCGCUGCAAGAUUCAGCAUCACCAGUUCAAAACCCUAGCGGAUUUCCAACUCUUUGAAUAUUACAAUGGUAUGUUCUACUUUUCCUUGGGAUUCAGGAUCGCUUGGUUUAUGUUGUCUGCUCUCGUCGAGAUUGUCUAUUAGCGUCACGAGUUGGUCCAUCUCUGGAGGGUCAUAACCAACAACACUUGGUGGUAUUCUUCUUCUAUACGUAUUCAUCCCACCUCAGUGAAUCAACCCAACAACAACAGCUCAGAAGAGGAUGCCAUACACAUAG